AUGCUUAUCUUUACUUUCCAGUUUGAAUCUGGUCAGCCCUCUGCCUGUGCCAGUAUAAUAUAUCCUGUGCAAGGCUGCAAGUGUCCUAGCUGCCUGAUGCUCUAAAGCUGCAAAGAACCAGGCAAGGGAAACAGUCCUCCCCUGCGCGGUGGAAGGUUAUAACCAUGUUUGAGGAUUGAGCCUGUGCCCGGAUGCUGCUCCAGUUGCCCUUUUGCCUAGUCCACACCUGCCCUGCUAACCUGGAACCAGUUCUGUUUGUCAUGGGUGGUCUUCCCCGUCCCCAGCAGUGGAGGGAACCUAGCAAGUCACAUCCGGCAAAGGGGGGUGCGAGGGGCGGAGCUCGCCCCAGAGAAGAGACCCCGCCUGCCACCAGCGUCCUACUGCGGCAACAACACCACAGUCCUGCCGGUGCUUCCGGACCUCUCCAUCCAGAGAUUCAGCAGGAGAUGGCGGGCCAGGGAAUUGGAGUUCUGGAGCUGGCCGUGCACCCACCGCCUGGGCAAGAGCAGGAUGUGCGCCUCGUCCCGGCGUCCAGCGUCCCCGGAGCUGGGGCACACGGGUCUUCCGACCUUACAGCCAGCCCCGGGACCACACUGCCUGCCCCAGAAAACACUGGAGAGGCUCCCACGCCCAGCGUCCUGAACCCGGAGGGCUGUAUGCAAGGAUGGGGGACUCAGGUGGGGACCGGAGGAAAGGCCCAGGAAGUGACGACUGAGGAGGCCACCGUAGCCGCGGAGAAGCCUGUGGAGGUGGGGGAAAAGCUGGAGUGCGUUGCAGAGGCCCAGGCGAGCUUGGGGAUUCUGGACCUAGGGGCCCUUAUCGUAGACCCGCUGGAGGCCAUCCAAUGGGAGCUGGAGGUCAUGAGUGCCCAGGCUGACGGGGCCAGGGCCUACCUUCCGCUGGAGCGCAGGUUUGGGAGGAUGCGCCGUUUGCACCUAGCCCGCCGGAGCUUCAUCAUCCAAAACAUUCCAGGCUUUUGGGUCACUGCUUUUCUGAACCACCCACAGCUGUCAACCAUGAUCAGCCCUAGGGAUGAAGACAUGCUUGGCUAUCUGAUAAAUUUGGAGGUGAGGGAGCUCAGACACACCAGAACAGGUUGCAAGUUCAAGUUCCUGUUUGGGAGCAACCCCUACUUCCAAAAUGAGACGAUAGUGAAAGAGUAUGAGUGUAGACCUUCAGGCCGGGUGGUGUCCAAGGCUACUCGCAUCCGCUGGCACCGAGGCCAGGAACCCCCAGCCUUGGUGCACAGGAACCGCGACACCAUGCGAAGCUUCUUCAGCUGGUUUUCACAGCAUAGCCUUGUAGAAACUGACAGGGUGGCCCAGAUCAUUAAAGAUGACCUGUGGUCCAACCCUUUGCAGUACUACUUACUGGGGCAACGGCCCUGCAGAGCUAGACCAGGCUUUGCAAGGUGGUCACCAGAGGCUCUGCAUAGGCCCUAUGGGUUCCAGUCUGGCUAAGUCCUGCUCCAGUACAUGGCACCUACGUAGGACUACUCCUCUGCCGGUGAACCUACCUACCUAUGUCCAUGCCAGAGCGCUGCCGUUUGCUUCCUCUCCUGUGAA